ACACGUUAUACUUUAGGUAGAGAGUGAUUUGGUUAUUUUAUACACAGAGAUCAUAGAAAACAACAUCAGUACCAACAGAAAUGGCUUCCUGCAGCAGUCUCCUGUCUGAAGAUCAGUUCCUGUGUUCUAUCUGUCUGGAUGUGUUCACUGAUCCUGUCACUACUUCAUGUGGACACAACUUCUGCAAGACCUGUAUCACCAAGUACCGGGACAACAGUGACCUGUGUCAAUGUCCCAUGUGUAAAAAGACUUUUGAUAAAGACCAGAUAGAUGAGAUGGCUGCUCAGUUAAGGAAGUCAGAGCCACUGAAAGCUACCAUCAGUCCAGACCUGCGUCCUACUAAUACUGAAGUGUCAUGUGACUACUGUACAGGUACCAAGCUCAAGGCCCUGAAGUCCUGUCUGGUGUGUCUGGCCUCUUACUGUGAGACUCACCUGGAGCCUCAUCAGAGAGUUGCAGCCUGGAAGAAACACAAGAUGAUUGACCCUGUGAAGAACCUGGAGGACAGGAUGUGUCAGAAGCAUGACAAACUGUUAGAACUCUUUUGUUGUAAUGACCAAACGUGUGUUUGUGUCACCUGCAUGAGAACAGACCACAAGACCCAUGGCUUUAUAACUUUAGAAGAGGUGUAUGAACAGAGGAAGACUAAGCUUGGACAGAUGAUAAAUGAGAUGAAGCGGAUGAUGGAAGAAAGAUCUAGGAAGGUUCAGGGGAUCAAACUCUCAGUAGAAACCAGCAAGAGAGAUGCAGAGAGAGAGAUAUCAGACAGUGUUCAGGUUUUCACUGCUCUGGUGCGCUCCAUUGAGAGAAGCCAGGCUGAACUCAUUGAGGUGAUUGAGGAGAAGCAGAAAGCAGCAGAGAAACGGGCUGAAGGGUUGAUUCAUGAUCUGGAGCAGGAGAUCACUGAGCUGAAGAGGAGAAGAACUGAGCUGGAGCAGCUCUCACACACUGAGGACCACCUCCACCUGCUCCAGAGCUUCCCAUCCCUGAGCACCCCUCCACACACCAAGGACUGGUCAGAGAUCAGUGUCCACAGUGGUCUGAGUGUGGGGGCAGUGAGGAGAGCUGUGUCUCAGCUGGGGGAGACACUCAAUAAAGAGAUAGAGAAGCUGCCUGAAGUCAAGCUGAAGAGGAUUCAGCAGUAUGCAUUGGAUGUGACUCUGGACCCUGAUACAGCACAUCCCAAACUCAUCCUGUCUGAGGAUGGGAAGCAAGUGACCAUGAAGCAGGAUCUCCCUGACAACCCAGAGAGGUUUGAUCGUUGUCCCAGUGUCCUGGGAAAGCAGGGCUUCUCCUCAGGGAGGUUCUACUAUGAGGUGCAGGUUGAGGGGAAGACUAAGUGGGAUCUGGGAGUGGUCAGAGAGACCGUCAACAGGAAGGGGAAGAUCACAGUGAGUCCCAAGAAGGGACAUUGGACUGUAUGGCUGAGGAAUGGAGAUCAGUACGAGGCUAAUGCUGACCCCUGUGUCCUCCUCUCCCUGAGACAGAAGCCCCAGAAGGUGGGGGUGUUUGUAGACUAUAAGGAGGGUCUGGUCUCCUUUUAUGAUGUGGAGGCCAAGUCUCAUAUCUUCUCUUUCACUGGCUGCAGCUUCACUGAGAAACUCUAUCCAGUCUUAUGUCCCUGUUUGAAUGAUGAAGGUAAAAACUCUGUCCCUCUGAUCAUCACUCCUGUUACACAGUGAAAAACUAAGAUGUGGAAAUGCUAGAGUUCAAAAUCAAAUGUUAUUACAAAUUAUAAAUCUGAACAACAGUUGUGGGUCUGAGUCUGUGAGUCUGUGUUCCACAGACUAAGGCCUUGAUUCAUGGACUGGGGUUCAAGUCCAGCCUGGACCAUAACCUGCUUUUACCUUACCCUACU